AUGAAAAACUGUUCACCAACCUGUGCUUUAUAUACUCAUACUCUGCUGUUGUUUAUGUGCCGGUCAAAUAAAAGCCCGUGGGUCUGUUUGACAUGCUCAAGUGUCCAUUGUGGAAGAUAUGUGAAUGGCCAUGCAAAAAAGCAUUAUGAAGACGCACAGAUUCCUGUGACCAAUCAUAAGAAAACAGAAAAACAAGAGAAAGUUCAGCACACUGUGUGUAUGGAUUGCAGUAGUUACAGUACAUACUGUUAUCGCUGUGAUGAUUUUGUGGUCAAUGAUACCAAGCUGGGCCUGGUACAGAAGGUCAGAGAGCACCUACAGAACUUGGAAAAUUCAGCCUUUACAUCAGACAGACAUAGGAAAAGAAAACUAUUGGAAAACUCAUCUCUGAACAGCAAGCUAUUAAAAGUAAAUGGGAGCACCACUGCCCUUUGUGCCACAGGCCUUCGGAACCUGGGGAAUACGUGUUUCAUGAAUGCAAUCCUUCAGUCGCUCAGUAACAUUCAGCAGUUUUGCUGUUACUUCAAAGAGUUGCCUGCUGUGGAGCUGAGGAAUGGGAAGACGGCAGGCAGGCGAACUUACCAUACCAGGAGCCAAGGGGAUAACAAUGUCUCACUGGUGGAAGAAUUCAGAAAGACACUCUGUGCUUUGUGGCAAGGAAGCCAAACUGCAUUUAGCCCAGAGUCUUUAUUUUAUGUUGUUUGGAAAAUCAUGCCAAAUUUUAGGGGAUACCAGCAACAGGAUGCCCAUGAGUUCAUGCGUUAUCUUUUGGACCAUCUACACCUGGAACUCCAGGGUGGCUUCAAUGGUGUUUCACGUUCAGUAAUUUUGCAAGAAAAUUCUAGCCUGUCUGCAAGUAACAAAUGUUGCAUAAAUGGAGCAUCCACUGUUGUCACAGCGAUUUUUGGAGGCAUUCUUCAAAAUGAAGUCAACUGCCUCAUAUGUGGGACUGAAUCUAGAAAGUUUGACCCAUUCCUAGACCUUUCGUUAGAUAUUCCAAGUCAGUUCAGAAAUAAACGUACUAAAAAUCAAGAAGGUGGACCAAUGUGCACACUAAAAGAUUGUCUUCGCAGUUUUACAGACCUGGAAGAACUUGAUGAGACAGAGCUGUACAUGUGUCACAAAUGCAAAAAGAAACAGAAGUCCACCAAAAAAUUCUGGAUUCAGAAACUACCAAAGGUGCUAUGCUUACACUUGAAACGAUUUCACUGGACAGCAUAUCUAAGGAACAAGGUUGAUACAUAUGUUGAGUUUCCCUUACGUGGCCUAGACAUGAAAUGCUACUUGUUAGAGCCUGAAAACAGUGGCCCAGAAAGCUGCCUGUAUGACCUUGCGGCUGUUGUUGUGCAUCACGGUUCAGGCGUGGGAUCUGGACAUUACACGGCGUACGCAGCUCACGAAGGCCGCUGGUUCCACUUUAACGACAGUACUGUAACUCUGACCGACGAGGAGACUGUGGUAAAGGCCAAGGCCUACAUCCUCUUCUACGUGGAACGGCAAGCCAAAUCUGGAUCAGAUAAACUUUAAUACCUCCUUUUAAUUCUUACUUAUCAAGUCCACCGGACAAAACAUUUCCAUUUUUCCAUAAAUACUUGAUGCAAGACUAUUAAUUUCAUUGUGCACUUUUCAAAUUUCCUCUUGUGGGUUUUAG